AUGGGCGUUUAUAACAAAAACGAUGACUCACUGCUCCAUAAGACACUGGUCACAGUGUUUGUGUCACCUGAGGUGGAACUGAGGUGUCACUUGCCAACAGUAGCCCAGCAGGUACAGUGUCUUACACGGUCGGGGCUACAGCAAGUGCUGGAAUCAGCCAGACUACUGGCCACAGACACCUGUAAGGAGAUCUUCAAGCAUGAAGCCUGGAACUGUCUCACUCCAAAUAAAACAUCUUUCAACAUUGGUGACAGAGAAACAGCAUUUCUGUAUUCACUGUACACAGCCACCUUGGCCUACAGAGUGACCGAAGCAUGUAGACUGGGAGAAUUGGGAGGUUGUGGUAACCUUGGAGUGCAUCACCCUUGGUCCAGCAUAUGUCCUGUUGGAGACAAUGUCAUCAGAUAUAGCGUAUUACAGAGAAGUCUAAAACAGAUGUGCAGAACUGGACACUACAAUGAGUUGAAACUAUUCAGGACUGUCAUAGCUGACCUCAAAACUCUCUACCACUCAGCAACUCUGUGGGAAGCUUCCAACUCUGUUAGACCUCAAUUUUAUAGACACUACAAGGAAGUACUCCUGUAUGAAUCAGAAUCUCCCCAGAGAUGUGGUGCUGCUGGCAGAGAAUGUCUGCAUCAGGAACACUGCAGGUCCUCUGCUGUGGACAGUUCUACUCCACCAAGUACAGAAAUUAGUGGUUGUGCGACUGUUGGUGGGAGAACCUACCCUGGUUAUCACUUCAAUGCCAUAUUUGUCACACUCUUGUCAAACAUUAUUGCAAGUCAUUUACGAGAUAAAAAUAUUUGUGGGAAGCCAGUCUGUAAAUUACCACAGACCUUCAAGUAUUUGCCAGAUUUGCGGUAUUAUUAUCAGUAUAAUGCUAAAGUUGACACAGUGUUUGAUGUUGAAAAGAACAAUUCUUCAACUUUAAUAAUCAACGCUGUGGUUGAGCUGCAGUUUUCAACCUUUUGCCAUGGUUACCUUAAGGUGUCAGAAGUCCAGAUUACAGAAAACAACUCGACCAACGAUAUGGAAUCUGCUAACUAUCUAGAUUCUUUUAGUGAACAUAUUCUAAGGUUCUUUUUUGAAGAUGGAUUAUUUCAAGAGGUCUGUCCUGAGCCAGAUGAACCUGUAUGGGUGUUGAAUUUCAAGAAAGGAAUUCUUUCAGCAUUUCAGAACUCAAUGGAAAGACUUGAUCUUGACCAUCACGCAAUUGAGUCAGACAUAAAUGGUGAAUGUCUAACUGACUACAGACUAGAAGCAGUGGAUGGCACCACUCUGAUCAUCAGCAAGCAGACACAAUUAGCGAGCUGUGUCAGCAGACAUCAGCUACACUCAAUCAUUCCCACAUCCAGUUAUGUCUUCCAAACAAAAUACCACAAAUGGAGUCCAAUGAUCUCCAGCCUGGCUUGUAAACAGUUUGUAGAUCACAACAUAGUAUCCACAGUUGAGUGUUCUGAGCACCACUCCUUCCUACCGUUCUACAAUCAGACUCUUGGUGCUUCCACUUCUGUAACACUCAACAUCAGUCUUAUUGAAGAAGAGGACCUUUAUGAAAGAGAUGAUGCAUAUAAAACUAUGAAAAUUGAUAAAAGAACUUCUUUACUCUAUGAUACCCGAAAGUUUAUAAGAGAGAACUACAGCAGUAUUGAAGAAACAGUUGCUCUUGUCAUUUCAAUGUGCAAUCUUAAUUCCGAAGAGCUGCAACCAGAGUUCUCUGAAGUAUUCAACAAGUUCAUUCAUAUUGCUCGCUACCUCCCAUACCAUAGUGUUUCAGAGCUCUACAAAAAGUCCCAAUCUCUCUGUGCCUCUGGGAAAAAACAUGUGAUGGACAGUCUUCCUCAUCUAAGAAGUUCUGCAUCUAUCGAGGUCAUGAAAGAUAUAAUUAUGUCUGAGGAUCUACCUGAGACCACCAUCAGCCAGUUUUUAAUUGCAAUGUCUCUGUACAACAGACCAGAAGCAGAAACAAUAAAAGCAGUCACACCUUUGGUGCUUAAUCGACCACCAGAUAUCAAGACUUACUUGGCCGUGUCAUCUUUGAUCCACUCCUAUUGCAAACUGUGGUCUGACUGUGAGGCUGAUGAGAAUGUUCAGAGUAUAGUGGGGCACCUGGAGCACUGGAUUCAGAAGCACCUUUUCCCUGAAGACCAAUUAGAAAUGACUAUAGGAGCUCUAAAAGCAUUGGGAAAUGCAGGAGUAAAAACAUCUAGCUUGGUCACCAGUCUUCAGAAAGUGAUUGUUAAAAGAGAUUUACCUGUUGAACUCAGAAUUGCUGCAAUAAGUGCUCAUAGACACUUGACCUGUGGAAUAAACAGUGAUUUUUUGCUGAACAUUUACCAGAAUAAUACAAACGAAGAUGAAAUAAGAAUAAAAGCUUAUCUUGAAGUCAUCAAAUGCCCAACACUUCAAACAAUAAAAUCCAUAAAAGAUUGCCUCUCAAAAGAAGAAAGCAACCAAGUUGGGUCAUUUGUGUGGAGUCAUCUGCACAACAUGAAGGUGUCAGCUAUGCCAAGUCGAAUGGAAAUACAAGGGAUGCUACAGAACAGUGAAUUUUCCGCUAAAUUCAACAAGCCUUAUUUUAAAUUUUCAAGAAACUAUGAAUCAUCAUUCUACAUAAAUGAAUACGGAAUUGGGGGAUUUAUUGUGAGCAACGUGAUUUUCUCUCACAAAUCAUAUAUUCCCAGAUCUUUGUCAUUCAAUGUCACUGUCAUUCUGUUUGGCGAGGCCAUCAAUUUUGCUGAAAUAACACUUGAUCUGGAAGGAUUUGAACAAUAUGCUGAAACACUGUUUUGGAAUAAUGGAAUUUUAAGCAAUUUUGAGAAGAGUAUGGGUGUUCUGAGAUUUCUCAGGAGUUCUUCUUCCACAAUGAGAUCAAAAAUCGAUUCACUGCCAAAUGUGAUUGCUGACAGUUUCUCAGUUCCCAAGGCAUCUCUCUCAAUCAGAGUUUUUGGAAAUGAAAUGAAGUAUUCGAGAAUUACUGGAAAAGAAAACAUUAACAACCUCCUAUAUAACUUGAAUCCUGUGAAAAUCAUCAAAGAUUUCCUGAGUGGCCAGGAAAUCAAAAUAGAAAAAUCAAUGUUGGUAUGUGAUGCGAGAUAUGUCACCCCUCUGGCCAUAGGAUUUCCCCUCAACACAGAUGCCAUAAUCACUUCCACCAUCAAGCUUGACAUGGCUGGCUUCAUUAAUGCUACAGCAUUCACUAAUGAAGGACAAUUCAGCCUUGAUGGCAAACUUAAACCUAGCAUAGCAGUGAACAUGGUGGGUUCAAUGGCAGUGGAUACUUAUUUCAAACAGACAGAAGUAAAGGUUGUGAGUAAGAUAUAUACAUCCACAGCUCUUGCUGGUAACUUCAAGCUCAAGGGUUAUACAUAUGCUUGGAUCUCUCUAAAUCUUCCUUUGAAAAAGUCUGAAAUAUUUAGUGGAAAUAACCAGCUUGUGGUGGUGAGAGGAGGGCGGGAGGUGCCUCUGCAAGGCCUCACUGCGGGAAGGAUGGAGACCAAGAUCUGCAGUUGGCCAACCCUGGAUGAUGCCCUAGGCCUGACAUUCUGUGUCAAUUCUCUUCUGCCCAAUUCUUCUCUUGUCCUUGACUCUCCAAUGGUUAUAUUCAACGGCCCUCUCAACGUGGAGAUUACUCUGGACAAGUCGGACCCCUCAACUCAAGUCUACACACUUGAGUACAAGAUGAGUGAAUCGGAGAAAUAUCAAUCUGAACCCAUCAGUAUACAAAGAGGAGUUCCCCAAGGCUCUGUUUUGGGCCCAAUGCUAUUCCUCUUACUAACAAAUGAUCUCCCUGCCCACCUGCAAGAUAGCUGCCAGACUGUUAUGUUUGCAGACGACACUGUCGUAACUCUUGCACGAAAAGAUAAGGAACAACUCUUAUCUAGCACUGAAGAGGCUUUCACUGCGACCAACGAGUACUGUUCUUCCAACCACCUAGUCCUGAACAAAUCUAAAACGGUACAGUUAGGCUUCACUACUAAGAGCAAGGAAGCAAACAUUAUGGCACUGCCUGGCCUGGAAGCCAGGAAAAAUACUAAACACCUUGGUAUCUUAAUCGAUUCCAACCUAAAUUGGAAACCCCACAUCGACCAAUUGUGCAAGAAAUUGAGCUCUGGGAUAUAUGUUAUUCGCAGACUAAGUCAAGAUAAACGAGUUUUGAGUGUUGUAUUUGAUACUCCCAACUCCACAGUGAAGAGAGGGUUGAAAGCACUACUCAAUUGGGAUAAAGAUGGUCCGAAUGUCACUUUAGAGUUUCAAACAACACGCACACGACUGAGAGCUCAAGGGUUCUACCGAAAUACAGAAGAGGAAAUCUCACUUUCAUUUUGGUUGGAUAUGAAUGGAAAUAAGCACAUUGAUUUGGAAGUCGCUUUAUACGUCAAGCCUAGCAAAUAUGGAGUAACAUAUGAACCUCAUCUGCAAUUUUUCAUCACCAAUAAGCGAAUAGCUGACCUUUCGGGUACGUUAAAGUGGGUGAUGAAAAAUGCCCUGUCUCAGUGUGAAAUAAAGCUUGACUUCCGAACAAACCGGUUCAACACAUCAAUAACAGGAUAUGUCAGAACAAAUAAUGCCUCUGUAUCAACAAACUUGAAGCUAGACUACAAAUUUGUAAAUUCCACAGCAGAAUAUGUGAGACUAGAAGCAAUGCUUGGUGAUAGAUCUUCAAGACAAAUAUCUAAAUUGUAUGGUAGAGUCCAACUUCAUUCUUCAACAUAUUCUCAAAUAAAUACACUACUUCAUCUCAACAUCCAAAAAGGUUACAGACACUUGGACUGUAAAAUGGUGUUGAAAACUAAUCCACUUGUAAGAGAUGACAGCCAUAAGCUUAUAAUCAGGUCUGAGUUAUAUUACAAGACUCACAAUGGUAGCAGGGCUGAUUUGGAGAUUGAGAUUAAGAAAGCUGAUGAUGAUAUUGAUCUCAAGUUUUCUGUUAUGACUCAUCAGACUUCUGGGGCGAUUUCUCUCACUUCCAUCAUCCGCUACUCUACAGAUAAGGAAAUAAGUAUAACGUUUGAUUUGGCAAUGCCAAAGGGAGACUUGUUUCUGAUUGAAAGCAACUUCAAAGUUAAAAUUCCAAACACAGUUGAUGCUAUGAUGAUCCAUGCUCAUGCUCAUGAAAAGGAUCAAAACGUGUAUGAUCUGGAUGUUCUGGCAGUGUGGUUCAGUGGCCACAACGUUACAAUAAGAGGCUCAUAUGAGGACAAAUCUACGUUAUUGGAUUCAAUACACACAAUGAAACUUGUGGGCAAAUCUCAACUCUUCCAAGACAUUUCGUUUACAGGGAGAUUGCAUGUUGGGAACAAGGAUUACAAGACUGAUAUCAAGGUAUUUUAUAAUAAUGUGGCGUACGGUUUCAAGAUUCAUCACCAAUCUCAAAACCCAUAUUUAAUGGUGUCUAAUGGGGAGUUAAGUUUUGGUCCAAGCUCUUACUCUGUGGUCAACUUCAUUGAUAUGGUGACGCGCCAAGCAUCAAUGGAGCUUCAUCUGGACAAGUACAGGGACAUACACAUUAGAGUGGUUGGCCCUCAAAAUCCCAGUGAAAUCAAAGCAAUGGUAGAUUUUAAAUGGGACGCAAAUAGAGAUCCAACACAGAAGUUCUUGUUCACAAUUGAAGGCUCCAAAAAAAAACAACUAAACUACGAAGUAAUCUCGGUAAUUGAGUAUCCUGGACGCACCAUUGUGGGAACCAUCUCCUUACUCCACAAAGACUCAGACUAUACUGGGUUGAUGAAACUAGAAUGGAGUCCCUCAAGUGCUAUUAGUGUAUCCUCAUAUCUGAUAUGGGAUCCUCAUAAAUCAGGAACCGUGACUUUUACCAGCACUGUUCUUACUCCAUUUGACAACUGGAAAGCAACUCACUUAAAUUAUGGAUUAUGGUUGUUUGAGAACACUGUUAGAUCAAAUGCUAGCUUGAGCUGGGGUCACAAUGGGACAGCUAUGGCAGAUAUGGUGUACAAGACAUUGACUUCCGACUCUCAGGUUGGCUUCUCCGUAACAGCCCUACUCAACUCUACCAUCAGGGAAGUCUCACCUCUAAAAUUUGAAAUCUCUUAUUCACAGUCAUUACAGCACAUCGGUGCUUUGAUUGAUAUUGAGUCAUCCUUCGUUCAUCGAGUGAGGAUUGAGAGCAGUGGCAGAAUAGAACAGGAACCUUCUUAUUCCAACUACUCAGGUCUUAUCAAGUUCAAAACCCCAUUCCAUAAUUUGACUAACGGUGAGCUCUCAGCAGGUUUCAAGAUGGAUUUCAACAACAGUUUUUCUGGAAAUUUUAUUAUUGCAUUAAAUAAUCGAAAUAUUACAUCGUCAUUUGAAGGUUCUGCCAAAUCUCUCAAUGAGAGUAAAUUACUACUUACUCUUAAUACUCCAUUCCAAAAAUAUCAAAAGAUUGCUGGGAAGUUUGCACUUUCAAUAUCAAAAGGACAUUUAAUUGCAGAGCUAAAGUCUUCUACAUUUGCUCUAGGUUUGAAAACUAUUUAUAUUUUCAAAAAUAUGAGAGACUUUGAUCUUCAAUUAUCAGCAGUAACUGGAGUGAACUUUGUGAGCAGCUUUCUGUUGGUGGGAACUCUCAACAAUGAAACUGUUGACUUCCGAGGUGGUUGGAACAGUGUUCUUGUAGGUCUGACAGCGCGCUCACACUACAAUGGCUGGUAUGAUCUGGAAUACAGGGGUUCCCUUUUCAUGCCAUUUGAAGGGUUCCGUGAGAGUGGGGCUGUCGCUAAGUUCACAUACUCCGAUAAGUUUCACUUGGAAAUUGCUGCUGCAGUUGCAAAAGUCAAGGUGGGCCUGAAAGUAGUAAGUGUAUUUCGGCCAGAGGAGGAAUUUGCCCUGAGUGAGAAUAUUUAUUGUGAUGGAUUGGACGUGGAUGAAAGUGGCGGUAGCAAAGGUAAAGGAAGUCCAAAGAAUACUCCUCCACUGUGGAGAGCCCUGUUUGAGCUGGACACUUUAUAUUACCCUACUGCUACAGGUCACAUCAAAGUUGUCAACUAUGAACAAUACUCUUAUUCCACUACAGCUCGGCUGCAGCUAAACAUCAUUGAUGUUUGCUUAGAAGACUUGUUCACAUUUGAGAACAUCUUAGCAAUGGGAAAUGAACUAAUGAUAACUUCAACCAAUCCUAUCGUGUCAGAAAUCAAGUCCAACUUUGAACUGGAUGGAAACAGUGCAUCUGACAAUGUUGUCAAAUUGAAUUUGGAUAUUUUAUCAAAUAAUAACACAUUCAAGUUUGAUAUGAGUGGAGAGUACCACUUUCAACCAGUAGGAGAUGUUGACAAUGAAGGCAUAUACAGUGUCAACUAUCGCUUAUCUACACCAUUUAAGGCUCUUGAUCAUUGUUUUUUUGACUUCAAUGUACAAGCUGAAAAAUACUUUUUUUCAUCAAAUAUGACUGUAGAUGUUGUCAAUAAUACCAUAAAAAUGGAUGGAACAUUAGAGGUUGAUGAAAACUUCUUUGGAUUGGCAACAGAGUUCAGUGUUGCUACAUCUUCAUUCAACUUGCCUUUCUGCCAACUGUCUUUUACCAAAGACUUUUCUGCAGUUGAAAAAUCUGUAACAAUUGUUUUAAAAUAUCCAAACGAAGAGUCAGUAUCACAACAUUUUGAAGUGGGAACUUCAUGGCAUUUUGGAGGCGAACAGUAUUUAAAACUUUCUGGCAACAUAAUCACUCCUUUUAAGGAGCUUGAAGAUUUACAAACAAGUUUUCUUUUCUCGUCAGAGCCCGAAGACAGAGAAUACAAUCUGGAAAUAUUAUUCAAAAAUUCUCCUAGCAUUGAGUUGGAAAUAAGUGGUAAAAUUCAAAUGGAAAAAAUAUAUCUUCACAUUGAGUCCUCGUUAGACCAGUUCAGGGAACUGAUGAUGAAUGGAACCUUGAAGCAGCAGGAUGGAAAAUUAAUCCUGGAAUCUCAAGUCAGCUUGGAUCAAACUGCCUGCAUGGAUUUGCAAAUUUCUUCAUCUCAAGGUGUCCCCUUGUUUAUGAUUGCAAGAUUGACAGAUAACAGACGUUGGCAACAGGGGGAUGUCAAGGAUUUGGUAACAGUGACUGUGGAUUUGAGAAGAAAACGUGUCCAUGGUGCUGUAGGUUAUGACCUAAUCACACUUGUGCAGAGUGGAACUCUUAGUAUCAACUUUGAUUCAGAAAUCACGUCUAGACCCUCAGAAGAGAAUUGGAGCUUUUCGGUUACAAGCAAUGAUGAGCGAUAUAAGGAAAUAAGUUUGAAAGUUACUGUAAUUCCUGGCAAGGAUCAGAUAUUUGAGAUCAGCAUAAAUGGGCACACGGACACAGUCCCCUUCAAGUCAGAAUUUGAUGUUGUGUGCAAUAUGUGGUUUGAUGGCAAAAAGGGUAGAGUAAAAGCAAAUCUUGACUCAUGGCCUCUGUCUGGUGACUCGUACUUGGAGUGGGACUACUUGAGUGAUGUUAUGGGUCUUGUCAACACCUCUUACAUCUUUUACAACACCACCAGGGACAUUUCUUCAUAUAUUUUCUUCAGAAGUUCGACACAAAGCUUGGAAGAUAUUUGUAUGGGUGUUGAUAUUAGCCUAAACAAAAAAAAUUGGUGGUUUAGCACAAACGUUACAGUAAUGGCCCCUGCUGUAAAUGACAUUUCCUUCACGUCAUUUCUACUAUUACCACAUAAUGUGCAGGAGGUUCAUUCAUUGGUUGGUAAAUUGUACUACACACCAGAUUACAAGCACAUUAACCAAGUGCUUAAAUACUCUUCUGCUCUUUCUAAGAUGGGAUUGCAGACUUCCCUACAGAUCAGGAUGUCUAACAGAGCUUUGGAAGGAACAGUUUUUCUUAAAGGAGGUGUCAAUGGAGCUUAUUUCCUCAGAGACAACUUCACAGCGACUAUAAAAAACAACCAAUGUGAUGUCAAUAGUGUGUUUAUUUCAAGUUUUACGAGGGAGGAUAUAACUAUUGAUAUGCAUUAUAAAAAACCACAGCUCAUUCAUAAAAUCACAAUGGUUGUUAACUCACCUGGCCAUACUGUGAAGAUUCUAGCAUCAGUUGAUUUUGAAACCAUAAACAACAUGUAUACUAACAUCAAUUGCACUACUCCCCUUUCAACAUUUCCACAUCUUGGUCUUCUACUUCAAGCAGUCUCCAACCAGGAUCUAUUCUUCAGAUAUGGUGAGCUCAUGUGGCCAAACAACAGUGCAAUGUUUAACUACACUCAUAACAGGACACCGCUAGAGAAUACAGAUGUUAGCAAGAAUGAUGGAAUACUGCUAGUUGACUUCCCUCUUGCCACUCGUCAUACUAUUACACUCACAUACACUUAUGAGGAAAAUAGCAAAUUUUCUUCUGGACUCACUGGGCUUGUCUACAAUGAUGACGUGAUUCUUCAAGGAAACUUUUCCCGGCAUAAAGAAAUAUCUGAAGUUCUGACAAAUGACAAAAUCAAAAUUCAUUUAACUAAUAUGUACAUGCCUUUAGGGCUUAAUUAUCAUCAUACAUUGAACAGAGAUGCAGCAAACCCGAUACAUAUCUACACUGAUAAAAAGUUAAUUGAAAUAUUCAAAGCAGAAGAUUCCACAUUUAAUAUAACUGGAGAAUUAAUAAUUGGAAAAACAAACUUAGAUGACUUCAUGGACUUAAAUUUGAUUCAUUUAAAUCGAAGCUUAAAACUGAGGACAGUAUUUGGCUACAACAACACUAUCCAUUACAUCGCUCAUGUUGCCCUCAAGCCUUCUGUAUGGGCCGCAUCCAAAUUUUAUCUCUACAGAAAGCACAGGGCAAUGGUUUCAAAUGAAGAGGUACUGUUUGAGCUGUCAUAUCCUAGGAGAGACUUGAGUAUGAGUGCUGCCUAUGAGUGGACACCACAGGGACUGAGCUGUCGUGGCAGCUUGGCACCGGGCAGCCACAGUCAACCUGUUGCUGCUGCCUCACUCAACUGGCAGGCCCUCGACUCAGCAAUGGUUUCAAAUGAAGAGGUACUGUUUGAGCUGUCAUAUCCUAGGAGAGACUUGAGUAUGAGUGCUGCCUAUGAGUGGACACCACAGGGACUGAGCUGUCGUGGCAGCUUGGCACCGGGCAGCCACAGUCAACCUGUUGCUGCCUCACUCAACUGGCAGGCCCUCGACAACUUCAAUCACCAAGCGGUCUUACUUCUUUCUCAUCCUUACCUUGAGAAGAAUAUUACAUUAUCAGCCAGUUUAAGGCAGAAUGAACAUGAAAUACUGAGCGUAGAUACAGAAAUUGAUUACGCUAUAUUGCCGAGUAGAAAACUGUCAUUAUGUGGAAGCCUAAUAAGAAGAUCAAAUACAAGUGAAAAGGAUUAUGAACUGUCCAUCUCCGCUAAACACCCAAUAAGCAGGUUUCAUAUGGAAAUCAUUGGAGCAUUGGAAAGGAAACCAGGCUAUUUCUUUGCAUUUAAAAAUUUUUCAUAUGCAAGAAACUUCCUCCAACUUCAAUUCUGGAACUCAAGCUUAAAGAUUGACCUCAACAACAAACAAUUUGAAGCACAACGGCAAUCCCUUCGAGACUUGACCCACAUCAGAACUAAAUACUCUAAACAAGGAACAAAAUACAAUCUAGAAGGCAACCUGAUUAGAGAUAAAAAUAUUAACAUCUCAGGACAUGGAUUUGUUGACUUCCAUAAUAUCAAAACUUCAGCAACUGUCAACUUAACUCCAGAUGCAACUGAACAACUUCUUGUUAGUGGAGAUUAUCUAGAUAAAAGACAUGCCUUUUUUAAAAUAUGGAGAAUGUAUAAUGACUUGUCAAUCAAUGACGUAUCUUUCCUGCUGAGACUCAACCACUCUCGACUGCUGACAACAAGUUAUUUUUGGAGAACAACUAUAAAGCAAGAUUUUGUUGAUGGGUUCCACGCAAGUAGCAGCUUUUUAUGGACGUAUGUUAGUGACACUGUAGAGUUUUGGACAGAUUUUAUGAAAAAUGAAAUAUUGGAUACCAUGAACGACAUUUGGUUUGAUGCAGAACUAGAUUUGCAGAACUUUAUUGACGACAUUACAAAUUUGGAAAUGUUAAAAUCAGAUAUUGAAUAUUUCCAUGGAGUAUUCAAUGAGUCUUACGAGGCCAAUGAGUUCUAUAUGCAGGACAUUUACAACAUCACUUUGCUGCUUGCAGAAGAAAUAGCUUUCAGAGAUAAAAUGGGAGAUUUGCCCAAAAUAGUAAGUGAACUGUGGCAAGUGAUGGGAGAAACUGGAGAAUCUGUGCGUCAGUCUAUACUAUAUGUUAUUGAAUCUGUGAAGAAAAUGUACAUGAAGGCUGUAGCAGUCUGUUCGGAGCUGAUAGAAGGAAAUGCCCUUCAACACUUGUCUCAGCUGAUUGGCAGACUUUCCUCUAAAUAUGAUAAGAUGAUAAAAGAUUUGCAUGUGACGUUUGUAAACUAUGUUGAACUACUGUGGAAUCAAAUGGCCAUCACUUUGACUGAAUCCUGGAACAGAAUGCUGCAAGUAAUAGAACCUGCUUUUAUUGAGUUUGUCCAUUAUGUAGAUUCACUGUUUUGGGACUUCAGUAAAACAAUAGUUGAAUUCCUGUACCAAAAGCAAUCUUUGAUACUGACAUCAGCCAAUUUAGCAAAAGAUUCAAAUUUUACCAAGGAUUUGGACAAAUUCUACAAGGAUGUAACAAAAAAUGGUUUUGUCAUCAGCUUCAAAAAGUAUGCGGUAAUGGUUUAUGCAAUGGUAAAAGAAAAGUAUUUAAAAGUGGUACCUUUCGGUUAUGAACUAACGGAAAUCACUUCAGAAAUAUAUGAUGAGAUUAAAGAGCUCUACAAACUCCCAGCAAUUAAUUAUACUAUCGAAGCCACAACAACAAUUUAUGAAAAGACCUUAUGGUUGUACAGUUACUUCAAUCUGGGAGAGAAAAUUCAACAGGCUUUUCCACUUGUGUAUGGUAAAUUUGUGGAUCUGUCGCACACCGCACUUCAAAAUGAAAUCAUAAAUCAUGAAAGAAAAACAAACUUUGUGUUUGAGCCAAGACGUGGAGAACUGUAUCUGGAGCAGCAGCUUCCAAUGCCUUGGCAUUCCUUCAAUCGUAUUCCUAAUUUUGAGGAAAUAAAGGAAUACAAGAUGAUAACAGAUGUUCAAAAAUGGCUGACACCUUCAAACCAUACAUUUUGGUCGUUGUAUUAUCAGUACAGUCCUCUUACAGAUUAUCACAACUGGCUUCCGCCUUAUGCAGGAGAAGCUAUAAUUGGCAAAAACUAUUAUUUUGUAACAUUUGACAAGCAACAUUACUCAUUCCGUAGUCCUUGUUCCUACUUACUUGCAAAGGACUUUGUGCGUGAUGACUUUGCUCUUGUGCUCAGCUACACCAAUGGGAAACAUGUCAUUGACCUGUUUGUUGGACCUUACAUUAUAGAGAUCGAUCUUGAUAGUGAUACUGUCAGAAUUCCAUCCCAUGGCAUGCAAAUUCCAGUCAAUCUUAAUGGAACAUUAGUAUUCUUUGAGUUUGGCAUCAUAACAAUUGUGAAUGAUAUGGGCUUCAAUAUCCAAUGCAACGUUAAGUACGAUAUUUGUACCAUCAGACUUUCUGGCUGGUACUUUGGAAAAACUGCUGGUUUAUUGGGUACCAUGGACCAUGAGCCCAACAAUGACUUCUUUAUGUCAAAUGGAGAAAUAGCCCAGGACCAGAUGAGGUUCACCCACAGUUGGUUAUUAGAUUCCAGCCAAGGCAAGUGUGCAAGCUACCUCCCUGCUCAGAGAAAACCGAUCAACCCCAACUUCAUGGCCACCUGUGAUGACUUCUUUAGGGCUAAACUGUCUCAGUUUAGUUCUUGCUUUCCAAUAGUUGAUCCAAGUCCUUAUUACACACUAUGUCACAACAGUUUAAGUGACAUUGACAGCAACAUCUGCACAUCUGCUAUAAUGUAUGUCCAGGAGUGCCUGGCUAACAACAUCCCUCUGAGGACUCCCAACAUCUGUGUCAGGUGUCCUUUACAAGGAAACGGUUAUAUGCAAGAAGGAGAUUUCACACAACUGAAAGAAAAUAUUCCACAGUCCUCAGAUAUAGUUUUUAUAAUCGAGGCUAAUAAGUGUAAUGAUUACAAAACCCAUAAAUCUAUUAUGCCAACUAUAGCUGGGGCUAUUUAUAAGGAAUUAACUGAUUUGAACAUGUUCAAUAACAGAUUUGCAGUUGUUGUAUAUGGUGGUGAUGAUGUGUUUGAUGAGCCUCACAACCUGAUGUACAACGAUGAAGUCUUCAUCUCCUACAAACAUGUUGCUCAACUGCUUACUCACAUACCUAUAGGAAAUGGGAAUCCUGAUACAUUUAAAGCAAUUAGAUUUGCUUCAAAGCUGAACUUCCGCCUAGGAGUGUCAAAGACUUUCAUUCUUAUACCAUGCUCCUCCUGUGACAACAAUGGAACAUUUGACUACUCAGCGCUUCAUCAAGUGCUUAUAGAAAGAGACAUCAAAGUUCACAUCUUGAUGAAUGUUGACUUUGGCUUGGAAAAAGUUAGGAGCAAUAGGAUACUUUAUGGGGUAGAUUCUAAAACUGCAUACACCAAGAAUGACUUUAAAGUACUAAAGGGAGACAGGGACUUAAGGCGACAAGUAAAACUAUCAAAACACUUGCCAGGAUACUGUGCACUUUUAUCACUUGAGAGUAAUGGUACAGUAUUUUCUACCAAGAAGCUAGAGAAUGUGAACCAGAACGCAGCUAAAAAGUUUAUAACUGUAUUCGCCAAACGUCUGGCAAGCAGUGCUCGACCCUCAGACUGCCAGAACUGUGAAUGUACAGCUGACGAGAAUGGAGUUGACACUAUCGACUGUGUUCUAUGCCACUAUCCCACUCCAGUCUUUGAUGAUUUUGAACUUAAGGACAACUCCUCAUUCUUCAGGUCAAUUGAAGACUCUGAUGACUUUGACUACAAUGGCAAUGACAACUUAUAACACAGCAUGCUAUAUACUGUUAUGGUCAUUAACUAAUGUUAGCAUAAAUAUGUAUAUAUUAUAUUAUUAUCUCAAAUAUGUGAAGAGCAAAUAACAUUAUUUAAAGAUUACAACACUUUGAAACCUGUAUGUUGCUUAGCAAAUAAAUAGUAUGUAUCAAUGUGUAUAAAAACGUUCUGAAGGACAAGAAACUCAGAAAUGCAGUGAAUGCUAUUAGUGCUACCAACCAAAAUUCACCCUUAAUACUAUGAACAGGAAAAUAAACUAAAGUGAACUACUGUUUGUCAGUUCAGAAUAUAUUAGAUGUAUUUCAGAUACAUUUAAUGGUAGAUACAAUACCAAAUGUUUUGGUACUUGCAAUUACCUGAAUGAUUCUGUACUAUUGAUUAUUGUUGGAUAAACUCAUAUCAUAACAACGCUUUGUUGUAUAUGUUUGUGUUUCGCUUUACAUGGUGUACUUAAAUUUGUUCAGAUCUGUAUGUUCUACUUGUAAGUAAUUCACUCAACAAUUUAGUAAACUGUAAAAAAACCACCAUUUUAUACAAAAUAAACACAGUCCCUAAAGUCUAAUUUUCUACAGAAAUUUACUAUGAGGUAUAACUAGUUAAGUUAAAAUUUUAAAAUGUAUAAAAUAAGUAGGCUCUCUUAUUUUGGCAAGUGUAGCAAAUUUCCUCCACGUACAAGAAAAACAUAAUUGUAUACCCUAAUAUGUUCACUGAAUUAAAUGUUUGUCCUCACUUAAAGCUUAACAGUUGUACAAGACUUUGAAUACUCUUAUUUUUUUCUCUCAACUUAGUUUGGUUUUAAUAUUUCCUAUUUAAUCAUAAAUGUGGAAAGACAGUAAUGAAACACUCUUACUAAACUAUCAAUGAUUUGAUAAUAUACAAUUUUAUGUUAAUGUAAAUUAUUUAUUUUAUGUAAAUAUUAUAACUUCAAUGUGUUAGGUUAAACCUAAAAGCUUAGUUAAUUUUAGCCCAAAUGUUAUUUUUAUGAGAGGUAUCAUAGACACUUAAACUUCAACAUGUACUCAAUAUCAAAUUGACAAUAAAUUAAUAUAUCACAUAAUUAUUAAACGAAAUUUAAAGUUUUACUUGAAUGAAUUUUUAUUAUGACAUUAUUUGAUCUUACAUUAAUACACAUUACAAUAUAACAUUUUAUGUUGUCAUUCUAUUAUGUUCAUUUCUACUCACACAUUACAUAUUUUACUGCUGAAAUUAAGAAAUAGUUGUACUAUUAAAUUGCCAUCAAUAUGGUAUUCUGUUCUAUAAGGGAAAAGUAAUUUUUAACCCCUUUAGUGCCAUGUAAAACAUUAUAUUGCUCUGAAGAAUGCCAGGUCUAUUUUUUAGUGUUUUACUAAACCACUUGUAAAAAUCACAGAAACUUAUUAAAUACAACAAACAAAUAAAUAUACAUAAAGUAUAAAUUGAUACAUAAUAAAUUAAAUUAAAAUUAUAUAAAAUAAAGUAAUAUGAUUGUUUCUAUAACAAAAUAAAAUAUUAUUAAUUUCACAUUUAGGAUUCUAGUUAUAAUUAGUAUAAAAACAAUGUAACAUGUAAAAAAAUAACAAUACUAGAGUUUCUUCUGAGUAUUUGUAUGUAUAAAAAUUGGCACUAAAAGGAUUAAAACUGGACGAUUGUGACCAAUGUAAUCUAGAUAAUGUAGUAUUAGAUUCUAGUGUAAUGUAAUAUUUUUUAGACAGUAGUAGACAAUAAAUGCAGGAAAAUUAUAUUUAAAAAUCUAUUUUGUAAGUGAGAUAGUUCAUCAGUCUAGAAAUAGCUUCUAUUAAAUUAAGGUGUUGAAAAAAGUAAAAUACCAAAAAUACGGAUGAUUUGAGGUCUGAAUCUUAGUACCUUGUGAAGGAUAGCUACUCAUUUAAAUUUCUCUCUGUCUUCUGGACAUCAAAAUUACAAUCAACAAUGUGUAGAUCAGAUGAAGUUUUGUGUAAGUAAUAUACAAAUUGUAAGCUAUAAAUGCCUGACAGUUUGUUUGAAUUAUACUUUCAGGCGUUUAAAUGAGAAAUAUGUUGUAUAAUUUACUUAAUUUAUUAAGAAAAUAAAAAUAAGUAUAUUAAAAGA